AUGUUCGGAUCAGGUAUGCUUAAUAAAUUGCAAUAUGUAACGUGUGGUGCAAAAAUAAUUGCACUGCUAGUAUUUUCAAAAUUUCUCCGCCUCUUUACACUCGAUUGAGCUAGUUUUUUAUCAAAAGAUUCCAUUUUGAGUACUCUGCAAAAAAUGUAUUGACUGUUUUACUGUAAAACUGGAAGGUGCAAAAUGUCAUGAGAAAUUUUGAGAAGUACCAAAAUGUAGAAAAACUAAAUGUAUUUUCUCAAUUUUUUCCAAUUAAAACACAGUUCUAGUAUAUUUUUGUGUAGGUUCAAAUACGCUCUUUCUCGUCGCGCAGAGCGAAAAUCAUUUGAAUUUAAAUAUCCGACACAAAGAUAAACUUCUCAGCACCAAGCGAAAAAAAAACAGUUAUUACCUUCUGCUUUGCGUGGUGGAACAAAAGAAUCUUUUUUCCGAAUUCUAGAGAUCCAAUCAUAAAGACUAAUCAUUUAUUUUCAAAAUUAAAUAAAGUCAACCUGAGUGGGUCAAAUUUGACUAAUCUUGAUUUGUUUUAUUGCAAGGCUCAAAUUAUUGGUAAAAAGUCGUCAUUUUUUGAAAAAUUGGCAAAAAAUAAUGAAAUUUUUGCGCC